GCGCUUCCUGCGGGAGGAGGAAGCGGCUCCGCCCGCCAUGGAGGACCCGCCGAGCUCCUUCCGAUUCCGCCGGGCGGCGGUUGCGGCCGCCGGGCUCAUCCGCUACCGCCGGGGGGGCCCCGGCCGCGGGCUGGUGCUGCGGGACGUGCGGCGGGGCCGCGGGCCGGACAUCAAUGAUGCUGGGCAUAGGUACCACCUGGAAUUUGUGCUGGAAGACUUGCAUGACAAAGACAGCACUGUUAACUGCACUGCCGAGGUUCUUUAUCAUCUGGGCAACAGAAACACCCCUCCCGAUGUGCAGUUCACAACUGAGGGAGAACUCGAGAGCAGCGAUGAAGCAGAUCACCGGUUCUACAGCCAAAUCAAGAGCCUGGAGAAGGAGCUUGUGGCAGAAAACAUACCAGACAGCCACGGGAACGUGCCCCCGGCGCUGGUCCCCGUCCGCCUGCUCGCCUGGGCCGCCGCUGGCUACGUGAUCUGGCACAACUCGACCGAAGACACCGAGCUCCAUCUCGCCCAAAUCAAACACGUGAAGCAAGUGAGGAGAAGCGAUGAGCAUCUUGAAUUUGACUACGUGAUUUUACUCCACGAUGUGGUAUCCCAGGACGUCAUUCCCUGGCGAAUUACAGUUCUCUGGCACCCCCAGCAUGGUGUUCAAGUCACACGAGCCGUCAACCAAGACAUGCACCAGCGUAACGGAGCGGCGGGUGGCACCGCGGCAGGAGCUCCAGCGCCACAAUGAGCAGCCGAAGGGAGGGCGGAGAAGGUGCCAAGAAAAAGUCCUUCCUCCAGUCAGCUUUUCCUGCACAUUGCGCUUUGAUCUGAUCAUCCCAAAUGCACUUUUUCUGCUACGUAAUCAAAUUCUGCAUCAAAAUAGAUUUUAAAAACCUCUGUCGCCAGAGAGACUUACGGCACAGGCGCGGAGACGUUCUCCCUAAAGGCGACUUUUGGCUUUCCCAUGGUGCAAGGGCAACCGUAUUCUCUUUCCAUCCGCUGCAGGAAGAAAAAGCAGAAUGAAACACAGAGUUGCUCCAUCGGAACAAUACACUGGAAACAACUUUAUCUGCAGAUCUUGCUGACACGAGAAACUUAAUCAGGGUUAAUCAGUUUUUCGGUUUGGGGUUGAUUGGUUUUUGGGGUCUUGGUGGUUUUGUUUGUUUGUUUUUCUUUUGAUGUUCUGCAUUUUCCGCUGUCAUUCUGCAGUCAUCCUUGUUCAGGGGCUAUAGCUUUAGAUGCAAUAAGAGGGAAUGGCAGUCAUUAUUUUACUCGAAUUAAGGCUUUCUGACAAAAAGCCAUCUUUUCUUCAUUCUGUCAACAUUUCAGAUGCGUCAACUUGAAAGAAAGAAAUAAAUCACUGUAAGUAACUAUUC